AUGGAUGCAACUCCAGACACCACUCUUGGCCAAGUGCUAAAAGAAUGUGCGAAAGCCAUUGCCAGAACGCGAAAGUCCCCGAACGGUACAGAUCAGCCCUGCUCCAGUCAAUCCAACGGAAAUUCCCGGCCAGGAUCCGCCGAUCUGGCCGAGGGAACCGUCCAGACAGUUCCACUAGUUAAAGAGGAGAUAGAGGAAGUAAUUGAGCCAUAUGUCACGUCCAAGCCUCCAAAUGGUAUGUUGCCUACUAUCCUGACCUCAAUCAUGACUUCUUCUAGCUAUUUCCCAGCAUUUAUUGUGUUUCAGAAUCUUAUAACCCCCAAAAAUCAUCAAAAUAUUAUUCAUGACCAUCAAUUUUUAGGUAUCCCUCCGAUUCCCUCCAUUUCCGAGGAAACUGUUGCCCCGCCGGACAAAUAUGUCGAUAGCAGACCGGCAAAUUGGACUGGACUCUACGCUGCAAUUCAAAAUGAACCGAUUGACCCGAUCCAAUUGGGGAAAGACCUCCUGGAAGAGACCAAAGGAGAUGUUAACAAGUAUAAGGUAAGAUUUGAUUGUUUUGGAAAAAGUGUUGGGGAUAUGGAGCUGGUUUUAGGAAUAGCUAUUCUUUUUGACAGUUGGAAUAAGUGUUGAAAAUUUGAGGACAUUAGGUUUUGAUAGGGCGAAGUUAUUUUGACCGGAAGGUAGAUGUCGAUUUUGAUGGGUAUGAUGAUAAAAGACGAUUUUACCAAGGAAAACUGGUUGUUUUUGAAUAGAUUUUAUAGUAAAAUUGAGAGAAUACAGUAGCUUUUAUCAAAUUAUGACAAAAUUUUUGUAAUUUUACGUAAUAUGCGGCUCUUGUAAUGAUUUUUUGAUUUGCUACUUUUAGAAGGUAGUACAAGGUAAAAAAACUGGUCCGCAACGUCCUUUAAAAGUGAACAUGCCGUAUUUUAUGUUCAUAGAAAAAAGUAUUAGGCCUUUUCUUUCUUUUUGACAUCAAUUUCUAAUCUUUCCGAUAAAAAUUGACCUUUUUAUAGCCAAAAUAUUACACUUGAUGACUUAUUUUUUCAGUGCAUAAUGAAUGGCCUAACUGGCCGUCCCUUCCGCUUGGAUCUCGCGCGAAUGUAUCAACGACGUCAGGAUUUGGUAUCCAAACUCUCGGAAGACGACCCGAUUAUUCAAAUGUUCGACUUUAACAUGGGCACCAUGGUCAAGUUGGACAUGGACCGGCGAAUGUUCAACAACGUCGCGAAUGUGACAAAUGCCGCCAUCUUCAAGGACACUGUUCGAAGUCGCAAAAUCCCCGACAGGUAUCGGUUCAGUCCGCGCCGGAUGCGCGAGAUGAUCUUCUUCACUCCGAUUGAUGUUGAAGAAUAUCAGAAUACGAACUCGAUGGAUGUGAUCAACUGGGCGUGUGAGGCCUUCAUCGCGGAGAAGACCAGUUCCGAGGAAAUCAUCAAGCAUUUGACACAGAAAACUUUGUUUAGCGUGAGUUUUUGCCGGGUUUUAUGUUAUCCAUGAGGGAAAGUGGGAGUUUUGGGGUAAAUCUUGGUUAUAGAAGAAUUGAGUGGAGUAAGAAAGGUUCUAAUGUUGGUUUUGCCAAAUUUGGGAGAUAUUUUGAUAGAAAAACCGAAAUUUUGAAAGACUUUUUAUAUUAUCCAUGAGGAUUUGAUCAUCUUUGAAGCCUAAAAUCAUAUAAAAUGAACUUUUAAAGGAGAAAAUUAUUUUCUAAAUUAAUAACCGCAAUCUAUAACUAGGAUUAUAAAUGAAUUCCAUCAAAAAAAUAUUUUUUUAUAUUAUCCAUGAGGAUUUGAUUAUUUUUGAGGCCUAAAAUCAUAUAAAAUGGACUUUUAAAGGAGAAAAUCAUUUUCUAAAUUAAUAACCGCAACUAAUCACUGAUAUUAGACAUGAAUUUUAUCAAAAAAAAAAUUUUUUUAUAUUAUCCAUGACAAAAAAUAUCACUUUUUGACCAUUUAGCCUCAUAAUUGAUCUCAAUACUUAUCUAAAAUCGAAUUUCAGUGUGUAAAAGCGCAGUAUCUCACCUGCAUGACCAUCAAUCCCAACCCAAAAAAUGGGCGUCGCGUCCUAAAACCGGAAUUUUACAUGUUCAUGAAGCGAAUCCUGUUCCAAUCCUUUGGCCUCCCCUUCCAAAAGUACCUCUCAAUCAGUGUGCCCGACCUCAUCGCCGGCCUCCCACCUCAAGAGGACCCUCUGGAACGCGCGGCCGCCGUCCUGAUUGUCCGCUUCGCCAGCGAAACCCUGGGGGCAUUUUGCGACGAUCUCGAGGUGAAGAAGCGAAAACCCACCACCGUGUUGGACGACGACAGCGAGGAAGAGUACACACCCGAGGAGCAGGUCAAGAAGAAGCACAACAACAAGAAAAUCCCGGUCCUUCGCAAGAAACGCCGGACCAUCUCAAUCUCCGACUAA